CCACAAACACCACAUCAGACCCUGAAACUACACCACAGAACACCACACAGCCCCUCACAGACACACCACACACCACCACAGAUGAUUCCCAGCCCCCCUCAUCCCGAAAACAGCCCCACAGCCUCCCACAACACCAAACAUCACCACAGAGGCCACAGCAACACCACACACCACCACAAAGACUUCAGAAGAGAGUCAGCCCCAAACGCACACUUCCCAGCCCCCUCCAGCCCCCCAGCUUCCAGAAAUGAGGCCGAAAGAGGGGUCUACUUUCCGCUUCACUGAGCCCCCCACCCGGGCCUACAGAGAGGGGGCUACUCCAAGUGAAGUGACAAAAUAUAGUUUGGAUUCAUCUUAUAGUUUGCGGUGUAUGAUGGAGCAAGCUGGCAGCGUGGGUGGAGUGUUGGCGGAGCUGCAGGCGUCCUUUGUGGUGUUUCUGGUGGGUGAGGUGGAGGUGGGGUGGACACAGUGGAGGAGCCUGGUGGAACAGCUGUGCAGGGCGGAGGAAGUCUUGGUGGAGCAGCCGGAUUUGUACCUAAAAUUGCUGUCUGUUCUCCACUAUCAAGUCAAUGAGAUCCCAGCCGACCUCUUCACGGACAUUGUAGAGUCGACCAACUUUCUGGCCGCCUCCCUCACCACCCUCUUUGCCAACGUGGAGGACAACAGCUCAAGGUUGCCAACACCACUGGUUCUGAAGGCCCAGCGCUUCAAGCAACACAUUAUGCACAAGUUUGAGUGGGACUUGACGCUGGGAGAUGAGGGGGAGGAUGCGCCGGUGGUGGUGGAGAUGAACUAGAGGAGGACAAGAGAGAGUAGUAGGAGGAGGAGGAGGAGGAGAAGGAGGAGGAGGAGGAGGAGACAAGGAUUAUGAGAAGAGGAGGGAGGUGGAUAAGAGAAGAAGAGGAAGAGGAGUAGGACGAGGAGGAGGAAAGAAGAAGUAAAAGAAGAUUGUAGUAGUAACACACACACAAAACAUUAAGUGUGCUCUCUCUCUCUCUCUCUCUCUCUCUCUCUCUCUCUCUCUCUCUCUCUCUCUCUCUCUCUCUCUCUCUCUCUCUCUCUCACCCACAGACCACAGGACCCCACAGUAUGUCCCCCACAGUAUGUUGACAAACCCAUAGUUCCCCUCCCCCACAAAUAUAGACACCUCCUCUCUCUCUCUCUCUCUCUCUCUCUCUCUCUCUCUCUCACCUCAGUUCCCAGUGGCUUACAGUACACACACACAGACAGACGGACGGACAUCGGUGGGGUGAAGAAGAUGCUAAAUUGCUGCAAAAAGGUUUAUAUUAAUGCGUUACAAAAAAAUAAAGACAAUUUCUUGAAGUA